AUUUAAAGCAGUUUUUUGUUUUGGUGGGGAAGACUGCAGCAGUUGGACCCGGGUGCAGUUAAACAAUGGGGGUAAGUAGAUGGAUUAAAUCUUCCUGUUUGUAUUUCUUUUAGUGUCACAUGCCUGCACUUAUCUGAUCCAGCUAACUGAUCGAUAAUUAAAACAUACAUUCAGGCAUAUUCUGACUUUCAGAGGAAGAUAAUCGGCGUCUAAAUCCAUUUCGCCUUGUGUCUGUUCAUUACCAGUUGCAAAUGUGACGUUGAAUCACCUUGGAUUUACUUGCUAGCAUAUUUUUAAUUCUAGGAAAGCUUAAUUAUAUAUUUAAUGAUACAAAUCCGCCCCAACUUUCUUCCUUGAAUCACUGCUUCUUUUAAUUAGUCUUUCCAUUUUCAGUUUCACUGUCUCGUUUGCUUCCGCGUGAGCUAAAGACAGCCGAAAUUCUAGAAACGACAAUAAAGUAAUAUCAACCAUUCCUUACAAAAGAAAGUUUUGUCACACUUUUAUUACGCAGCACUGUCUAAGCCACUUACAGUCAAUUUUGAGCUUCCGAGGAUAAUUUUGAUGUGAUUUCACUUCCGUCCUCAGGUAGCCGACGUUUGGAUCACUUUUUUUUCCCCGGGGGGACACUUCUCCUAGGAUGAAAAAUCUCAGGCAGUAGUUAGCUGAUUCAUUUUGAUGGGAAUAUAACCAAAACUUUCGUUUUUUCUUUAGGGUGGUGGUUCUAGCCAUGAAACACAUUACACCUACGUUGACAACACAGCGAUAGAAAGAGAAAGAGCGCGGCAGAGAGAACUUGAACGGCUAGAACACGAACGCAGGCAGAGGGAGCUAGAAGAAAGACUGCGCAUCGAAGAAGAGAGAAGAAAAGAAGAAGACAGGAAAAGGGCAGAGUAUGAGCGACAAAGGAAACUAGAAAAAGCCCAAGAGGAAGAAAGAAGAAGACAAGAGGAAGAAAAACGCAUGCGUUUGGAGAAGGAACUUUGUCUUCGACGACAUGAAUUGUUCAAUUACAAAUUUGGCAACAAAACCGGGCUGGAUAGUUUCGAGGGGUUGGAACUAGAUGACGUAACCCAACUCAGGAUUGGCGUCUUCGGAGCAACUGGAUCCGGUAAAAGCUGUUUUAUCAACACAUGUGAACGCACUGUGAGACAAACAGAAAAGGGAUCGGCUCCUGACAGCAGCACUGGUCAGGAAGGUACAAUCACUCUUCAAGAUUAUCUCCCUGAAUUGUUUUUCCGCUUGGUGGAUACUCGUGGUUUCUUCAACUACAACGCUAAUGAGAUCGUGGAAUUUCAAAACAUUUUGCACGGGAAGAUUCAGCCUGGAGAUAACGUGAUCCGUUCACCAGAAGACGGAGCCAGAGCAGCAUCCGUGAACCGUCAUGCACGUCCCACUUUUGCCAACCGACUUCAUGGGAUAAUUAUCGUUGUCAUGGCAAAUGAUCCGCGGCUGAGGAAAGGAACUUUGGAGAAGUACUUAAGUCCAUUCCGGGAAUUUUUGUGCAAAACUGGUAAACUGUCUCCUCCUGCUUUUACCAUUAUACUCUCCAGUUAGUGUUGAAUACCUUAAUAUAUAUGUGCAUAAUGUUUUCCCGGGGGUGGACUCCGCAUAUGAAAGGGGUGGGGAUGCUUGUCGUCUCGCUUAGGGGUGUAAAUUUCGGAUUUUGGUGUCACUUAGGGUGUUCUGGGCUAAACGCCAUCAGAUUUAGCCGUGAAGGUCUUAUCUAGGGUUGCACGCGAAAAAAUAUAAAAAUAUAUAAUUUAUCUGUGUUUUAACAUGGUCUCUUUCAGGGGUCAAAAAAGCUUGGGCAAGGCCCAGAUCGGUCUCCUUUAGGGGUUUAAUUCAAAAUUUCCGACGAGCAUCCCCACCCCUUUCAUAUGCGGAGUCCCCCCCCCACCCCCGAGAAUGUUUUUUAGUUGAAAUCACCUCAAUUUCCUUAACAAACAGAACGCAUUAUAGCAAUGUCCGUGGGUCAUAAAAUACAGUAUGAUAUCAUAUUCUAUAGUGUGCGAUUAAAUAAACACAUAAACUGUUCACAGUCCCCUAUUUUUUCGUGAGAUCGUCGAGAUACAGCGCGUCUUUCCGUUACUGGCGGCCAUCUUGAUCUUCAAAUGUACCGAGGGGGCGGGCGUCGGGGAUUAUAGCUCUAGGUUUUUCUUGCUUCCUCCCAAACCGCCCUCGUCCCCUAAGUAGUUUUGACACUCAUGCAAGAUGGCAACCCAUAUACGGAAAAAUAGAGGACUGUGAACAGUCUACUAAACACCAGAGGUUCACAAGGUAGGAUUUUACAAGUGGAAGCUGGGCGAAAAGCCAAUUUUUGUUACCCUGAACGAGGUCUCUACUAAGAUGGUUAAGUGUAACUAAGGGUUAAGCCAAAGUUUAAGUAAGAUUUUUUGUCUUUUUAGCUAGGAACUUGUUAGCCUGAGUAUCAGGCGUUUCUGGGGAAAAGGGGAAAAAUCUCUUCUCCCCUAGCCCCGUAGGAAGGCCUGAUACUCAGGCUAGGAACUUGUAACUGAAGCUUAAUACUGCAAACCUUACACCUAGAUCUAGUUCUGAUAGCACGAAAUGGUACAAUAAUGGGUUAAAAUGUUAUCCUUGGAUUAGCAAUAUGUUUUUAUGAAACCACCCCCAGGUCUGCCCUGGCUUUUUAGCGGCCAUUGGGGUCGAACGCUCAAGUUUGACCCAUUUUAUGGUAUGAUCAGAAAUUAGUUGGAGUCACUUUUCCUCAGUCUAAGAAUAUAAGUAGGUGAUGAAAGUCUCGCUUCUAUCAUCCAACAUUAGCAUUUUUUUCCUUCCCACAUUAGGACUCGCCCCGAUCACCGUUGUCACGCACCGUGACAAACUGAAUUCACAACAGGAGUGUGAAAACGCCCUCCGCCAAGCAUCAGCGGCUACCGGAAGUUCAUCGGAUCACACAUUCUUUGUGCACAACUACACAAGAGACAACAGUAAACGUAACCCUGAGACAGAGUGCAUGAUAUUCGACAUUCUUCACUGGGCACUGCUGACGGCCGAGAAGGCGGUGAAGGUCAUGAAACAGAGAAAAAUGGAGGAAGACGCGAAAGCAGUGAAUUCUGUUGAAGGUAAUAUAGCCUGAACACCCGAGGGAGUACUCGGUUAGGAAGAAUUUAGUCUUUUCAGCAGAAUUCGCGAAGAACGCACUUUUGCUGCUUCUCAAAAUUCGUCUCGUUGCUAGAUCCCUACAUGUAUGUCGAUGUCACUCUCGCUAGAUAGGUGAGAGAUCUGGGUACGAGAUUAAAAGUUACACGUGAGCUCAACCGUGAACGAGAGAAAUUUGCAAACGCUAAGCAAAACACUUUAAGCUCAGGUUGUUACGGUAGACUCUUUCUAAACAGAAACCUCGGAAAAAGCAGACCUCUAUUGUUGGUCCCAGCCUAUCUUACUCCCUUUAUUUGACUCUCUAUAAGACGAACAUCUCUCUAAGACGGACACUUAGUGCCAGUCCCAAAGGUGCUUAGUCUGCGGACACAUAUUACGUAUUUCUGGUCGUCGCUUCUCUCCACCCGGGUGGAGAGACACGACGACAGGAAAUACGUAAUAUAUGUCCGCAGGCUAAAAGGUGCCCUACUUCGAGCCAGAGAGUUGACUGUACUUUUUCAAUGUAUUUGUAACAGGCUGUUUACUUAAUAAACGUUUUGAAAGUCUACUAAAAAGGUUCUGAGUGUUUGAAGACCGGAACCGGUGUUAAUACCGGCGCCAUUUGUCAACAGAAUUUUACCAGGGUCAAGUAGGGAGCGAAACGUUUUCAAAAAAAAAGGUCAUUAUUUGGUGAAAAUAAACUUAUUUUUUAUUGACCCUUAUCAAUGUUUCGACCUUAUGGGGCACAAAAACAAAAACGAACAAAUAACAAUAACAACAACAACCCCUCAGAGGUUUGAAGGCGAUGGUCCCGUGAGCGAUCGACUUUCCAUUCUCUGAUUGAUAACUGAUCUUUUAAUAUUUUCAGCACCUGUCGAGGUCUUUCUUCGUCAUCUACAAAACGAACACAAGGGAAAUCACUGGAGUACCAGCAGCUUAAAAGAGGUUUUAAAUAAGCUGACUAAAGAUGACGUCACAAGCGUCAGGCUGCUGGCCAUGUGUUGGAGUGAUGUGCAGGCGCACUUUCCUUUGGGAAUGAAGAAAACAGUGGAGAAGGAACUCAGAAGCAGGAACAUGAUAGACUAA